GCCCCAUGACAACAGAAGUGACUACACUACCCAGCGUGCAUCUCGCUCACUGCACCAAAGUGUCGCUCGCGCCACCUAGCGGACAGUCUGACGUUGGAAUUGGCGCUCGAGCAUCUUCAGAGAGUCACAGCUGCGCUCCUCAGCGGAACGAAACAGACCAAGUAGUGAAAAUCUAAAACUGAGAACACCAUGUUGAAAGGGGGCACUGCCAAAGCGGCACUGCCCAGGACAGGAACCCCAAACGUUACAAAGCUGCCCACCAGCAGUUCCCACUCCAGCAACUCAGGGAUGAAAACCUCCAGAUCCUCCAGCACCAUCGCCUCUGACCUGCGACUCAGCAAGAUAAAGCGAGCAAGCAGUGAUGAUGCUUUGGCUAAACCUGUUCUGGGGUCAGUGCCUGCAGUGCCUCGGUUGAGGAAGACCAUCACCACGGGAGCCAUCUCUGAGCUGUCGGACAACAGACCACGCAGCGCUUCAAGCAUCCAGUCAACCAGAAAAUCAAGCAUCCCAACUCCUCGUGAGAUCCCACAGUCCGUCUCCAGAGACCGUCUAUCGUUGCGUGAUCAGAAAAGCUCCACCAAAAAGUUAGUGACCAGUUCCAGCAUCUCCAGCCUGUCCGCUGUGACCAAAAACUCCCGGGGCUCUGUGAAAACCAGAGCAGAGGUUGUGGUUUUGGACAAGAGUCUGCUGGAGAGUCAGGUGAAGGAGCUCCUGGCUGAGGCCAAAGCCAAAGAGUUUGAAAUCAGUAAGUUACGAACGGAGCUCCAAAGGCAAAAAGGGAAAGGUUUAUCACCGGAGGCUGGGUCCCCAGCAGGGAACUCUGAUGCAGAAAAGACACCAGCACAACCUGAAGACAUCCAUGCGCUUGUAGUGCAACUAAAAGACAAAAAUGGACGUUUCCAGCGUGAGUUAGCAACCUUGCGAGAAGAAAACCAAGCUUUGAAGCAGAAGCUUAUUACGUUGGAGACCUCAUCUUCAUCGAGUGGCAACACAAAUGUCACAACACAUCUCUCAGUUAAUGGGGUUUUACCCAAAAGCACCAGCUCUGAUGCAAGUGCCCACGGUGGCAGCACCAAAGGCUCUCCUUUAUCUUCCUCAGACUCCUCAGAGUUUGUGAAGAUACCGUCAUGCUCAGUCUCAGUGGAUUCCCUAAUGCAGCGCAUCCAGAAGAUGGAAGAGAGUCACCACAGUACAGCCGAAGAACUUCAGGCCACUGUACAAGAGCUGUCCGACCAACAGCAGGUUGUCCAGGAGCUAACAGCUGAAAAUGAGCGUCUGGCAGAGGAGAAGGGCCUUCUACAAACCUCUCUACAACAGCAACGGGAGCGUGUAGAGCUCCUGGCCCAACAAAACGAGUCCCUUCUCCAAAGGAUCAGAGACCAAGCUCAAACUCAAGAAGCCGAGGCCUCUCGUGCCUCUCGAGUCGCAGAGCUUGAGCAACGCCUGGCCGAGCAGAUGGAGAGUUCCCGCUUCGAAAGAGAGAAACUAGUAGACAUCCAGCAGCAGCUGACAGGGAGUCUCAGAGAUUUGGAAAAGGAGCAUCAGGAGGCGCAAGUAGCUGUGAAGAACUUAAAGGAAGAAGUAGAAGUUCUUCAAGAACGUCUGGUGAAGGAGAAGGUUGUCGGAGAUGAUGCGGCAAGGAAAGCUGAGGAACGGCGACUGGAUGCGGAGGCGCUGAACGCAGAGAUUGUUAGUCUGAAAACCCAGGUGGAGGCAGAGAGGCAGAAGGUGGCUGAGCUGAAGGCGAUGCAGAGCGCCAGCGACAACACAGAGUUGCAAAGUUUGCUCGAAGUUGCGCAUGAAGACAGAGACAAGCUUGAGAUGAGCUGCGCAGAGCUAAGACAAGAGCUGCAGCAGGCGCGAAGUAAAAUGGAUAGUGUUCAGAGCGCACUGGCCAAGGUGGAGGCAGACAAGCAACAGCUGCUGGAAAGGUUUGAGAAACAGGAAGAAGAUCACAAAGCCAACAUGCUCGCUCUCGAAGAGAAGAGUCGAGAUGCUGAGAACCAGAUCAAGGACCUGAAAGAGACCAUCUUUGAGCUGGAGGACCAAGUGGAGCAGCAUAGGGCUGUUAGACUACACACCAACCAGACCAUCCUGGAUAUGGAGAAUGAAACCAAGCUGCUGGAAGAAAACAAGGCUGAGCUGGAGAAGCAGAUUAAAGGACUCAAUAAACAGAUGAAGGAAGAGACAGAGGAGUGGCGUCGUUUUCAGGCCGACCUCCAGACGGCAGUGGUGGUUGCUAAUGACAUCAAGGUGGAGGCUCAGCAGGAGCUGCGCAUGUUGCGCAGACAGCUGCAAGAGGAGCAGGAGCACAGUGCAGCACUAACUGCAGAGAUGGAGCAGAUCAGAGGAGCCAGGUCGUGGGGUGAAGAUGUUAGUCUCUCUGAUUCAGAAAGCAGUCCUCAAUGGUAUAAAUCAUCCAUGUCUCAGAAUUCACCUGGAAGUUUUCUGACCAAUGGUGGUGGGAGUGGAAACAGCACCCCUUCGGAUUCAGGAGCCACAGUUAAAACGCUCAUCAAGUCAUUUGACACGUCCAUUCCAAAUGGAGGCAGCAGUUCAGUACAGAUGCGUGCAUCUCCCAGAAGCCCCCUAAGCAGUAUACCAGUUCGUACGGCACCUGCUGCAGCCGUCUCACCCAUUCAGAGGCACUCUGGAGUCAAGCCACUGCCAAAAACCCUUGAGAGAAGAAUCGCCUUCGGAGGCUUCCCAAACUCCGGGUCGUGUGACGAACUGAAAUCUUCGUCUCUUAUGAGGAAGAGUCCAUCCUUAGAGUCGGUGAUUAAACCUCCAUCUCAUUUUAACAGCCGGACCUCCUCGUUUACUUACAACAGAGCCAACAGCAAACUCAAUGUGGAAAGAACAGACCCUCUGUCUGCUCUGGCGCGGGAGUACGGUGGAUCUAAGAGGAACGCUUUACUGAAGUGGUGCCAAAAGAAAACAGAGGGCUAUCCGAAUAUAGAUGUGACAAACUUCAGCAGCAGUUGGAGCGAUGGCCUCGCGUUUUGUGCUCUUUUACACACCUACCUGCCAGCACACAUCCCUUACCAGGAGCUCUACAGCCAAGACAAGGGACGAAAUCUCACAUUGGCUUUUAAGGCAGCGGAAAGCGUUGGCAUCAAGCCUUCUCUGGACAUUGAUGAAUUGAUGCACACAGACAGACCAGACUGGCAGAGGGUCAUGCAGUAUGUGUCUCAGAUCUAUAAGUACUUCGAGACAUAAUUCUUCAGGGGAGAGGAAGACGAAAAUGGGCACAGAAGCACUUUUUAUUGCCUCAGUUUAUUCUAGUGCCCCUCUGUGGGACAAUUGGUCUUACAAAUACAACCAGCAUAUUACAAAAAUCCAAUAUUCUUUGACAUCUCAUGUUCUUAUGAACUUUCUACAAUUAAUUUCUCGUAUGGAUUUAACUCACUAUUAGAAGUUUGAAGUUGUUUGCAGAGUGUGUGGCUGUAAUCCUGCACUAACUCUAUAUAGUUAUUGUAUAGUUUAUAGUUAUUUUAGUAUGCAACAUUUUGCAGCUGUUAAACUAUUAUUACCAGAAUAGACAUAUAUUGAUAUGCCAAUAAAGUAUUUUUAAUGUUAGUUUUCCCACAAAUAUUAUAAAGACUCUGAAGUCUUCUUCUUAGUGAUGAGUUUUAUAUAGUUAGUUGAAAUGUGUGUAGUUUUGAACAACCACAUCUUCCCUAAAACAGUUUAAAGAUGAUUUCUCUAUUACUUUAGUUAAUGGUUUUAAUAAGGCAUAAAAUCAAUAUCUGAUUGAAUACCGUAAGAUAUUUUCAAACAACCGUUAUUGAUUAUUUAAUGUGUAUUGUGCCUGUUUAAAAUGACAAUAGAUUUGCUUGAAUAAAUGAAUACUUAAGUUAUAUAACAAAAUGAUUGGUUUAGGCUGUGCCAAAUUCCACCAGAAAUGGGAUUUUACAACAUUUGUAAAGCACAUGGACGUGUGGCAAUUCAGUCUUUUUGGACAGGAGUAAAAUAUGUAAACAAGGAAAUGAGCAUCUCUGUUUUAAUAUGGAAAUGUUAUUUAUUAACUUUGAACUCUUUAAUUGUUAAUAGACGUGAAUGUUUUUGUAUGACAUUUCAGUUGUUGAGAAAUGGACGGGAAUAAUAAAGAUUUUUGUUACAAAA